GCCGUCCCCUCGCGCUGGCUGUCCGACCGAGCGACCGACCGACCGCUCGCUGGAAACGUUAUGGACGUGCGGACGUCGAGCGAAGCAGCGCGCCGCGUCCCCCAGAUGGCGGAGUGAGUGAGGAUGCGACUCCCCAGUUCCAUCUUUGUGUCGGUGUCUCUGUUCACGGCCGAGACCACGGCAGCGCUCUACCUCAGCUCCACGUACCGCUCAGCCGGAGACCAGAUCUGGCAGGGGCUCACGCUCCUCUUCACGCUCGUACCGUCCGUGCUCGUGCAGCUGACCCUCACCUUCAUCCACCGGGACCUCAGCCGGGACAGACCGCUCGUUCUGCUGCUGCACAUCCUGCAGCUCGGACCCAUCGUCAGGUGUCUGGAGGCGUUCUGCAUCUAUGGCAGCGUGGGCCGCGUGGAGGAGCCUUAUGUCAGCAUCACCAGGAAGAAGCAGAUGCCUCGCGGGGGUCAGUCUGAGGAGGUGGAGCGGCAGGUGGGGCAGGCGGAGGGGAAGCUGUUUACGCACCGAGCAGCCUUCGCCCGCACCUCUGUCAUUCAGGCCUUCCUGGGAUCUGCCCCCCAGCUCACCCUGCAGCUCUACAUCUGCGUCCUGCAGCAGGGGGUGUCCAUCGGAAGAGGCACACUGAUGGUGAUCUCCCUCCUGUCCAUUGUGUACGGAGCGCUGCGCUGCAACAUCCUGGCCAUUAAGAUCAAAUACGACGACUAUGAAGUGGACGUCCGGCCCACGGCGUACCUGUGCAUUUUCCUGUGGAGAAGCUUUGAGAUCGCCACACGUGUGGUGGUCCUGGUUCUGUUCAGCUCUGUGCUGCAGCUCUGGGUGCUGCCUGUGGUUCUGCUGAACUUCCUGGUGUUCUUCCUCUACCCCUGGAUCCUGUUCUGGCUGAGCCACUCGCCGUUCCCUGAGAACAUAGAAAAGACUCUGACCAGGGUGGGAACCACCAUCGUGCUUUGCCUGCUCACCUUCCUCUACGCCGGCAUCAACAUGUUCUGCUGGUCAGCUGUGCAGGUGAAGCUCAGUGACCCGGACCUCAUCAAUAAGUCCCAGAACUGGUAUCGCAUGGCCGUGUACUACAUGCUGCGUUUUGUGGAGAACGCCUCGCUGCUUCUGCUGUGGUACAUCUAUAAAACGGACUUCUACAAGUUCAUCUGCGCCCCCCUGCUGGUGCUGCAGCUGCUGGUCGCCUAUGCCAUCGGCAUCUUCUUCAUGCUGGUCUUCUACCAGUUCUGCCAUCCGUGUCGGAGGCUCUUCUCCUCCAGCAUGACCCAGGGCCUUUGGAACUGCUCCUCUCUCCUCUGUCUCAUGUGCAACUCUGCGUCGCCGCGGGGCCGGCCGAUGGGGAAGUCUGUCCUGGAGCCGGCGAGCCCGGCCACAGGCAAAGAGCCGGCUAAAGACAGAGCCCACGACACAACCAGCGACGCCACAGACGACCUGCCUAAUGAAACAACGUACGACGUAACGUAUGACAUGCUCAAUGACUCAGUCUAUGACACUCCUAAUGAAAUGGGCAAUAAUACACACAGUGGAAUCAAUGGUGACAUUAACCACAGUGUGUCCUGCAAUGCUUAAACUGUUCGAUGUGCCAUUUGGAGGAACGACUCAAACGCCAUCAUACCCUCUGUAAACUUUUAAGUGCCACAUGAAUCCCUCUGUGAGUUGAGUUUACACUUUAAAUCCUGUUUUGAACCGUAGUGUCAUAAAUCCACCUCAACUCUGUCUCCCACUCCUACAUGAAGCCUUAACUGGCUGGCAAACAUGCGUGGUGUUCAGCUGCGUUAACCAGUGUGCAGAGGUGGCGCCCACCUGUCUCAUCAGCCAACAUCCUGGACAACAUCGUUCUGCAGCCUUUAAUACAAACUCAUGGAACAUCUUUAGUUUUGGAGACUGUGUCCACUUAAUAUGCUGCAUUACUGAUCACAAGGAGCCAUGCAUUUGAAUUGAUUGUAUUUAGUAUCUCUCUUUUGCAUGGAGGUGUGCAUGUGUGGAGCCUCGGACGAGGUGUAUCUGCUAUUCUGCAGGGGGGCAGCCAUCUGUUUUGUACAGGGUUUUUUGUGAACCCCCCCCCCCUUAGUUUUAUGGCUGCAAGCAAUCAGCUUUUUUACUCCUCGACAAGAGCUUUAUCAUUAAUACGCGCUGCUUCUGUGAUGUAUUUGUGCUUGACGAUGACACGUGUAUCUCCACACAUUGUUUAGGAACCUGUUUGAUCACCACACACAUUAUUGUAAAGCACGGACAUCUCCAAGCGACGCGUUUUUGCACGUUUACAAAGUGGCUUUGGUUCAACUGUGGAGCAGCAGCAGCUGUAGUGAUGUGAAAUGCUUUGGAUGUAUUUGUAUUUUUCUAAUUCACGCUUGUUACGUCUGUCAGCUCUGUGUCUGCGUGUCUCAUUAGUUAGAAUAUUUACACCGAGUGCGCACAAAAAUGGAUAUCUAAUUGAGAAAUGUUGGUGUUUUUGCUUAUUUUCAACCGAAUCGUGUGAGAGUGAAUGUCAGUGUUUGUCUUUGCACUAACCAUGUUUUUUUUGUUUUUUUUUGCAAUGUAUCUGCAGAGGAACGACACCCUGGGUAUGCUCCUAAUGUUUGUACAAAUGACCUUUGAAACCAAACAAAUAUGAAAACCUUAUUGUACACAUCAGACAUUCUCAUACAGAGCAAGAUAAAAGGCAUUUAAAAGAUAAAGU